UCACUUCUUGCGCCACCUCAUUAAAUAGAACUACAUUUUCCUAAAUGUCGAGGAAGUGGUUUGACAGGCGGAGUUUGCGCUCGCGCCGCAACAGCAGCGGUCAACACAUCUGAGAUAUGAAUUUAAUUUAAUGCUGACUCGUUAUUUAGAAGAAAUUCAACAACAGAUAUCGGAGCUGAAUGAGACCAAGAGAAACUGCUGCUGCUGAGGACUUGAAAUUCGUCGUGGCGGUGCUUUCUUCCAGUUUACUGACCCAGCAGCAGCUGUCCUGAGAAGGAAGAGGCUGUCCGCGUCUGUCCACGGAGAUCCGCAGGUGCUCGACCCUCCAGCCCUGUUCAUGGCAAAGAUGAACUGGGCUGCAGGUACGCAGUGCGUAGCAAAGGGAGACCACAGAAAACCCAAACCUGGAGAACUGGCGUACCACAAAGGAGACAUCCUCACUAUUGUUGACAUGAACACAAGGAGGGGAUUUUACGAGGCGAGACACAACACCACAGGAGAGGAGGGACUCAUCAGCUCCACCAAUGUUCGUGAAAGAGAGGCUCUACGUGUCGACCCGAGCCUCAGCCUCAUGCCUUGGUUUCAUGGGAAGAUCUCUGGUCCAGAGGCGGUGGGUAAGCUGCAGCCAGCUGAGGAUGGCCUGUUCCUGGUGCGAGAGUCUAUCCGCCAUCCCGGCGACUAUGUCUUGUGCAUCAGUGUCUCUGGAGAUGUCAUCCACUACCGGGUCAUUUUUCAGGACAACAAGCUGACCAUCGACCACACACAGUAUUUCUACAACCUCAUUGACAUGAUAGAGUUCUACUCAAAGAACAAAGGCUCUAUUGCUACAACUCUUGUGAAACCCAAACAAAAACAAGGAACCAAGUCAGCUGAGUUAGAGCUGUCUAAAACUGGAUGGCUGCUGGACAUCACAAAGCUCACACUGGGAGAGAAUAUUGGAGAAGGGGAGUUUGGUGCUGUUUAUGAAGGGGAAUACAUGGGCCAGAGGGUGGCAGUAAAGACCAUUAAAUGUGACGUCACAGCUCAGGCCUUCCUGCAGGAGACUGCAGUUAUGACGAAACUCCAGCAUAAAAACCUGGUGCGGUUGUUGGGCGUCAUUCUUCACAAAGGGCUUCAUAUUGUCACAGAGCUCAUGAUUAAGGGAAACCUUGUUAACUUUCUCAGAACAAGGGGACGUUCAGUUGUGAGCUCAGUUCAGCUGCUCCGCUUCGCACUUGAUGUGUGUGAAGGGAUGGAGUACCUGGAGUCUAAGAAGCUUGUUCACAGAGACUUGGCAGCUCGUAACAUCCUGGUCUCUGACGACAGUGUGGCCAAGGUCAGCGACUUUGGCCUGACCAAGAUGGACACCAAGGUGUCAGAUAAUGUCAAGCUGCCAAUCAAAUGGACCGCCCCCGAAGCUCUGCGGAAAGAGAAAUUCUCCACAAAGUCAGAUGUGUGGAGUUAUGGUGUUCUUCUAUGGGAGAUCUUCUCAUACGGUCGUCUGCCUUACCCUAAGAUGUCUCUGAAGGAGGUGAAGGAGAGAGUGGAGGGGGGAUAUCGCAUGGAGGCUCCAGAAGACUGUCCUCCUGGUGUUUACUCCCUAAUGACGAUGUGCUGGGAGCAGGAGCCACGCAAAAGACCUGCUUUCCACAAACUGAGGGAGAAACUUGAGCGAGAGAUGGGUGAACACAGCUCUAGCCCUGGGUCAGAGCGUCGAGAUGGGAUCAGGUCUGGAUCUGGUUGCUGAUCUUGGUCGUAAAUCUUGAACUCACAAUGAGCGGAGAAGAGUGCCGCCUCUUGGACAGCUUAUCCACACAUUGUUGCUCCAGGGUUGGUGUGCAUUACACAAGACGAACCCGCUGAGUAAAUGUUCUCAUACACUUAGAGUACGACUGGAUUCCUUUAAUGUAGCACACAGGACGAGACAAUGAUUCUGGUCGUCAUGUAAUGUCUCUGAGAAAAGGUUUAAUGAUUGGAGCCAUGAAUAUACUAACUUUGCUUUAGCAGGUCUGAGCAAAGCAAAAUGUGAAUCAGAUCGUGGUAUGGUCAUUUUAAUAUUGAGACUGAAAUAUCUCAACAACUGUUGAUGGAUUGUUAUGAAACCUUAUACAGACAUUCCUGGUCCCCAGAGGAAAAAGUCCUAAUGACUUCACCGAUCUCUUAACUUUUCUAGUGCCACAAGUGAAAUGUCAUAACAAGGAUUGGAUGGAUUGCCAUGAAAUUUGGUACAUAAAUCCAUGUCCUCCCUCACAAUUAGGUUGAAUAACUUUGGUAAACCCUUUUUUUAAAUCUUGCACCAUCAUCUGGUCAAAUUUCACUUUGUCCAAUUGGUUUACGAGCCAAUUUGUGCAAAACAUUCCCAACAGCCUCAUCUGUACUUUCUGUUUAGUGCUAAUUAUCAAACUAAGAUGGUGAAUAUGGUAAAUAUUAUACCUGCUUAAAUCAGCAGGUUGCUGUUGUCAUUGUGCACAUGUUAGCAUGCUGAUGUUAGCAUUGUAGCUUAAAGCACCACAGUGCCUAAGUACACAGAGCCAUUAGCUAGCUGCAGACUCUUUCUUCUUCUUGUGAGGCAUAGUCAAACUUAAAAGGGAAAAUCAAAGGAUAAAACUGGUGAUAUUGUACACUUUUCUUAUUGUCAACAAAUUACCUGAAAGCCUAAAACCAACAAUGACUUGAUCCCUCUAACAAGUAUUGUCUGUGUAACCAAAGCCUGGUAUAAUUUACUCCUCUGUGCCACAGACUUCCAUCAUUGUCCACAAUAAUUACAAACACACCAGUGAGCCACAUUGUUGCACUGGGUGACAUGUUCCUUCAUUACCAUGAACAUGGUCACUGUAGUUAACUGGAGUUGCUGUUGUCCUGCUGCUGUAAAUACUCACUCAAGUACAAAAUGUGUAUUAAUCCCUUGAUGAAAAUAGUCCCCAACAAAUGCAAUAUUUAAUCCUGUUUGAAUGAUGAAUACAGUAGAGCGUCAUAAUAUUUUUUGAAAGACUGUACAUUGAUUUUGAAUGACGCCAUAUGUUUGAAUGUCAGUUCAGGUCUGAUGAGAGCAACUGGGAUUUAAAGGCCGUUUAUUGCCAUGUGAGUAUCAUACCUGUAUGAACAGUGAAUAUGGGUUAUUUGAAUGUAAUGUCAGGGAGAGAUGUCAGAAAAAGAUGAAACAUACUGUAUGUAGGAAAGAGGAUGGAAAGAGAGAAAUGAAGAACAAGGAAAAAUGUUUAUCCUGGAUUUAAUCACAGAUCAACAAAAUCUGCUUGUAUCCCGGCGCUAAUGCUCAGCAAUAUGCCAUGGACUCAGGGCUUAAUAUGAAAAAUAUUUAAUGUUAUUUUUGGUAAAUAAUAAGUAAAGAUUUUUACUUAAGGGUUUAAAGAAUGGUUGGCAUUUUGCUCGUGUGCAAAGAAGAUUGGGAGGAUUUGACAGUUCAUUUGCUGCAGAUGCUCUGCUGCAGAUACUCUGUAUGCCUUUGGUUAUUUCUCCUAAAGUGGGUAGCUUUUUUUACUUUUACAAAGGCCAGCAGUCAAAACUUUUUUAAUACUAUUUUUGCCACUUUGUCCUCCACUACUUGGGGCGGACUUUGAUUCAAUUCAUUCAAAUUUGAUUCAAUUCAUUCAAAUUUAAUUUGUUUCGUAAGACUAAAUCUAAGGGAAAUACGGUAUUUAUUACUACUUUCUCUUCCCUGUUUAUUGGGAUUUUGAGAUUAUAGGAGCGACUUUGUUUCAUCCGCUGUCCUCGUCCAGCAUCUCUUGGGAUCUCUUGCUCUUUUUGCAGGUACAGAAUGUUUUGUGCUUUCUUAAUCUUGAAAAGAAAAGGUUUUGGACCGCAGUUGUUUAUUUUACAUACAUAGUUAUUGUAUUUAUUACAGGAUAUGUAUCACUCAUUUCACGAUAUGUAAUUGUCAGCCUCUUUUUAAUAGAAAUGCAAUGAAAUGUAAGACCACUCACCACAAAUGAAGCUUUCUUUCUUUGGGAUUAUUGUCACGUCACAAGACCAAACUAAAGAUGUCAUUUGUUUUAAGCCAAAUUAAGCCCAGUAUUUGUCUCUGUCCCAGGAGACAGACCCCAAAUAGAUCCUCUAUCUGUUAUACAGUGUGAGUGAGGGUCUGACACGAUUUGUUCAAUCUGCUGUGUUUUCCCGAAGCUCUCUAAUGGGAUGAGCAGCAAUCUUCUGCACAAGGAUUUAUAAAGGAACCAAAUGUUAAAAAAAAAAAAAAA